CAAACACGGUCAUGAUGAGACGAGGAUGUCACCGCGGCCGAUCGUCGGCAUUCAAUGUGGGGUUGCUGCAAGGCUCUCCGCAGCUCUGCAUCAGCAACAAACAAUUUCCAAGCACGUCUUCCCCCUCCCACUCUUACCAAUCCUCAAUAAAAACCACGUAUGCGCCCCCUACGAACCAGUGCCCAUUUUCUCCGCACACUCAGUAGCCUCCGCGCACCUCUCAAUCCCCUCCACAAGCCCAUCCGAGGCAUGGCCACCUCCGCAAUGUCAAAACGCCUUGAAGGCAAAACCAUCGUCAUAACUGGCGCCUCCUCAGGCAUUGGCCGCUCCACCGCCAUCGAAUUCGCGCGCACGAGUCCGAAGAAUCUGCGGUUGAUCUUGACAGCGAGGAGGAUCGAUACCUUGAAAGAGAUUGCGGAGGAGAUCAAGAAGGAGGUGGGGGAGGGCGUGAAAGUCCUGCCGUUUAAGCUGGAUGUUAGUUCUCCUGAUGAGGUACGGGGUUUUGUGGGGAAUCUGCCGGAGGAGUGGAGGGAGAUUGAUGUUUUGGUUAAUAAUGCGGGACUUGUGAAGGGUGUUGAUAAGGCACCGGAGAUUAAGGAGGAUGAUAUCAAUGUUAUGUUUGCGACGAAUGUUACGGGUCUGAUCAAUAUGACUCAAGCUGUUCUACCGAUCUUCAAGAAGAGGGCAGAUGGUGGUGCCGGGGAUAUUAUAAACGUUGGCAGUAUUGCGGGCAGAGAACCAUACCAGGGAGGAAGCAUUUAUUGUGCCACGAAGGCGGCAGUGCGGAGUUUUACGGAUUCGUUGAGGAGAGAGUUGAUUGCUACGCGUAUCAGAGUUAUUGAGGUUGAUCCAGGACAGGUCGAGACUGAAUUCUCCGUUGUCAGAUUUUAUGGGGAUAAGGCGAAAGCUAAUGCUGUUUAUGCUGGCUGUGAACCUUUGACUCCUGAAGAUAUUGCGGAGGUUAUUGUUUUCACGGCUGGACGGAGGGAGAAUGUUGUCAUUGCGGACACAUUGGUCUUCCCUAAUCAUCAGGCCGCUGCUACUGUCAUGCAUAAGAAGUCGUAGAGAUGCUGAUGAAUAUGCAGGCUGGUACUGGCGGAGCUAUGUAUAAGAAACCUCGAUUUGAAGAAAGAAAAAGUCAAUGAAAAGUAGAAAGUACAUAGCUCAUAGCUCAUAGAAAAUGAACUGGUGGAAGCAUGUGGGUUAUCAGGCA